CGGAAGACAUCGUGCUUGUAGGUGGAUGGGUCAAGACAUCUGCCGACUGGGCCGCGAUGGCGUUCAGCAAUCUAACCACAAAGCGCCAUGCCGCGCUUCAGGGCAAAGCCGGGCCAUUCGCUGGCUUCAGGAUCUUGGGGUCGCGCACCAGGGUCCAGUCGGGCCCCAAGAUCCAUCGCCAAGGGUUAAGGUAUCCGAGAUCCACAAAUGAACCUCCAGCCGAGCUCGAACGAAACCAGUCCAUCUUCGUGAGGCGAUACAAGAUCAAGCGCAGAUUUAUGGUGCUGAAGACGAUCGUUGCUGGUGCGGGCUACCACCAGCUUUCGGAAGAUCGUAGUGAGGGUGACGCGAGGGAUGGACUCAUGGCUGAGGACAAUGCGCUCGAUGUAGACCUUGAAGGAGACGGUUUGCAGUGGUUGGAAGAAAAGAUGCCGAUGUUGCCAUCGCCUACGAUCAGGACGUCAACAGCAUAGUAGGGAAUAAUAGUUGCCCUGUAGACUUUGCGACGUACAUCCGCAAGAUUCAGCCACCUGUCGAAGUUAAGGAU